AUGUCUUCCGCAACAACUCCAAACACUCAACCUAUUUCUACCCCUGAAAAUCCCUUGGUUGUUCUCAACAUCACUGCCCAGAUUAAUGAAAAACUCACCUCCUCCACUUUUCCUCAAUGGCGUGCUCAGUUUGAAGCACUGCUUAUUGGGUAUGAUCUGAUGGACUAUGUUACUGGUGAGUCCCACUGCCCUCUCUCUAAUGGCACACCCACGUCUUCCUCUAGGAAAACCCAUUGGGUUAGGCAAGACAAACUUAUUUUAAGUGCUAUUCUAGCAUCUACUUCUUCCACCAUAACUCCACUCAUUGCCACAGCAAAAACUUCUCAUGAAGCAUGGAAGAAGCUGAACAACAUGCAUGCUAGCCGUUCGCGUACAAGGGCGAUGCAGUUAAAAGAAGAGCUCACCUUGGUUCAACGCGGAAAUCGCUCCGUUCCAGAUUACCUUCAUGCUGUCAAGGCUUUGGCGGAUGAAAUAGCACUCACAGAUCAUCCAAUUUCGGACGAUGAUCUCACACUCUAUGUCCUCAAUGGACUUGGACCCGAUUUUAGAGAGAUAGCUGCUCCUAUUCGGGCAAGAGAGAAAUCUCUAAUGUUUGAAGAACUUCAUGACCUUUUAGUCGGUCAUGAGAAUUAUCUCCGUCGCAUGGAGAUGGCUUCCCAGCAGCUUGUUGCUGCUGCAAAUUUCACGGCUCGAAAAAAUGGUUCCUCUGGCGGACAGCAGCAGAGGACAUCUUACAAACCAAAUGGGUCUCGUAACCCCAGCUUCUCUCGUUCGGGCACACAGCAGUACAAAGACAACCGCAACAACAAUAAAGGCUAG